CCUCAGUCGUGACUCAACCUCGGGCGUGGGAGGACGUGUGUGUCUCUCUCUGUGUGUGUUCCGCCUCUCACGCACACACAUCCACACGCACAUAGUACAUCCUGAAGCGUGGACUUGUGUGUACGUGUGUCUGUUCCGCACUCAAACACACACAUAUACAUACACUACCCGUUGUGUGUGUAACUAUAUGGUGUGUGCGUUUUUACUUUCGUGUGCGUGUGUGCACGGUUAAGUGUGUACGUGUACAUACAUAAAUACAGACAUACAUAGGCCUGAGCAGUGCCUUCAAGCAGAAAACAUGAGUGGGUCUCGCAUCACCAUCGAGGACACCGAUCAGCGCGGGAUCAGCUGCAGCUACAGCCGCGACGGACGCACCCCCGGCGUGUACUACCCCGCCGAGCCCCGCCCCCUGGCCCCGCCCCGCACGUCGUCGCGCAAGGAAGCGUGGAGAGGCCUCGUCGCCGCCAUACAGCAGCCGGUGUCACGCGUCCGUCGCUUCGUCGCUCGCCUCGCCUCGCGCGUCGCCCCGCCGGCCGCCCCCGCCUCCACCGCCGCCACCACGAAGAACUCCGCCAUGUCCAGCGCCAAGAAGAACCCGCCGGCCCCCGCCCUGCACAAGGUCAUCAUGGUGGGCUCAGGCGGCGUGGGGAAGUCCGCCCUCACGCUGCAGUUCAUGUAUGAUGAGUUUGUCGAGGACUACGAGCCCACCAAGGCCGACAGCUACCGCAAGAAGGUGGUGCUGGACGGCGAGGAGGUGCAGAUAGACAUCCUGGACACGGCCGGACAGGAGGACUACGCAGCCAUCAGGGACAACUACUUCAGGUCAGGUGAAGGGUUCCUGUGUGUGUUCUCCAUCACUGAGGACGACUCUUUCCAAGCCACACAGGAGUUCAGGGAGCAGAUCCUACGCGUGAAAAACGACGAGCACAUCCCCUUCCUGCUGGUGGGGAACAAGGCUGACCUCACGGAGCGCCGGAAAGUGUCAGAGGAUGAGGCUAAAGCACGCGCCAACCAGUGGGGUGUGCCGUACGUCGAGACCUCAGCCAAGACGCGCGCCAACGUCGACAAGGUUUUCUUUGAUUUGAUGCGUGAAAUUCGCUCUCGCAAAUUGGAAGAUACUAAGAACACCAAUGGCAAGGGCAAAGAUCCCGGCAAGAGGAAAAAACACAAAUGCUGCAUCCUUUAGGCUUUCUACGACCUGACACGGCUGAUUUCUGCCAGCAAGCAACAGGCAGACAGUCCCGCCGUGCCCGCCAGCAAGCCUACCAAGUGUUGCUGCAUCUCCUAGUGCCCCAACCCUCACCCACCCUUCCCUGCCCUCCCCACCACCCCGGACACAUGGCCAGCUUGAACAUGCCACAGGUUAACACAUACAGGCUCUCUUUUUUGGCACACACACAUACAUUCACAUUUUUUUUCCUUUCUUUUUCUAUUUCCUCUUUUUUUUCUUCUCAUUUCUUAUGGUUAUCUCUUUUUUUUCCUCUCUUUCUCCUUCCUUUCUUCCAUAUAUUGCUAUUGUACAUUCUUCCUCUUCCUCUACAAACCCUUUUUUUCCUCUUUCUUGAUCUGUUUCCUCCUUUUUCUCCUUCCCUUUCCUUCCCAGCCCUUCUCCUAUCUCACUUUCCUCUCUCUCUUUCUCUCUUCCUUCCAUACAUUCCACCACACACACACACGCACACACAAACACACACAUACAUCAUUCUAUCCACCGCUAAAUCCACCACAGAACGUUAUAUGGGAAAGUUACACAGUCUAAAAACAUAUAUAUCUAUACCCACAAAAUCAUAAAAAAAAAAAUACUUGAACAUAUUACAAUUCCUGAAGCAGCUGACGAUUGCUUCCGUUGCGCUCUCCUGCAAGUGUGUGGCUUAAGAAGAAUUAUAACCCUGGAGAACAUUUUUGGGGUGUGAAUUCUACCCCUAUUUUAUUAUUUCAGCAUCAGCAGGUUUAUUAGUUAAGGCAGUGAGUGAGUGUGACCUGUUGUUGUUAAAGGACUUUCGACCCGGUAUGGCAUUCUCUGCACGGACUAAUCUUCAUUCCAUAAGUUUACCGUUAGUGUGAUUUGGAUGAGGUUUGCUUUUCAAAUUUUUUUUUGCGUCUAUUUUUCCUCUACGAUCUUUUUAUCUCCUUCGAUUCUUGUCCCUUCCUCGGCCUGUUUCUUUCCCCCUCUCCUUUCUCUGUCUUUUCUCUCUCUUGGUCUUUAGUUUUGUCGUCGUCCGAUGUUCUCUUUUUUGCGUCUGUUUUUCCUUGUCGAUCUUUUUACCUCCUCUGAUUCUUGUCCUUUCCCCGGCCUGUUUCUUUCCUCCUCUCCUUUCUCCAUCGUUUCUCUCUCUCAGUCUUUCAUUUUGUCCUCCUCCGAUGUUCUUUUUUCCUCGCAUGCUUUCAUUCUGUCUUUUCCCGGUUAAUUUUCCUCUCCUACGCUCUUUAUUUCAUCCUCUUUGUUUCACUUUCCUCUUCCUUUUUCCUUCGUUCUCUCCUAAUCCUCUUUUUCCUUCUCAUUCGUUCAUCCUCUCUCCUUAUUCUCUUCCUCUCCCUUUCUUCUCGUUCGUCUUUUUCUGUUUCACUCUCCUCCAUGCUUUCAUUUCAUCCUCUCUCCAUUUAUGAUUAACCUCGGAUGCUGUCGUGUUAUAGUCUUACGUUGCUACUGAAGUGAAUUACGUACUAUCGGAUAUCCUAGGUUAGCCUCAAGACAAAUGUACAUUAAGAUUUCUGUAACUUUUUUGUAUACUCGUAGCUUUAAGUCUCAAGGAGGUCUGAUUACUGUUUCUAAGCGGUGUUUGUCGAGAGUGAGAGACUGGACACUGGUGGCUGACUGAUGGCAACUUUAAGCUCAUUACGUUAGUCCAUACCAGUCCGGAAGUUGACUCGAAUGGCUGCUGGCAAUGGUUACGCUCAGUACUUCAGCCCCCACCACCCAGGAAGUUCCCUAAGCCCUACCCUCAGUCCCCACCAGCCAGAAAGUUCCCUAAAACCUUUCCCUCUUAGUCCCCAAUCCCUAUCAGCAAGGUAGUUCCCUAAGACCCUAAACCUGAACCCUAUCAGCCACAGUGUCCACUCCUCGCCCUCCAGCAAGCACCCUUUUCAGCACUGCUUGUCACGUGUUGAACAGAGAUUACCAGUACGGUAUUAAGGUGUAUAAGCUAACAGUUUCCCAGGACGUAGACGAAAUUCCACACAAGAGAUCUCGGCUUCCGCUGUACAAAGAUGAAAAGGCUCUUGGUAUAAUGAAGUGAAAACAUUGCAUAAGGAAACAGAAGUAAGAUCCGUACGGUACUACGGUGUAUAAGCUAACAGUUUCCCAGGACGUAGACGAAAUUCCACACGAGACCUCGGUUUCUGCUGUGCGAAGAUGAAAAGGCUCUUGGUAUAAUGAAGGGAAAACAUUGCAUAAGGAAACAGAAGUAAGAUCAGUACGGUAUUAAGGUAUAUAAGCUAACAGUUUCCCAGGACUUAAACAUCACUCCACGCCAAGGAUCUCGACUUUUGCUAUACAAGGAUGAAGUGAAAGCAAUGCAUAGGGAAACAAAAUUAAGAACAAUAUAUAUGCCAACAGUUUCCCAGUAAUAAAAAUAGCAGCUAACUCCACACCAGGGAUCUCGGCUUUCUCUGUGCAAAGAUGAAAAGACUCUUGCUAUAAUGAAGUAAAACAUUGCAUAAGGAAACAAUUAAAAACAAUAUAUAUGCCAAUAGUUUCCCAGUAAUAGAAAUAACAGCUAAAAAACAGUAUAAGAACAGCAUGAAUCAGUUUAGUCGCCAGCAGAAAACUCAAUUAUCACUAAAUCCACAAAUGUCUUGGUUAGUGUGUCCCGCGGAAGCUCCCUCAGAGGAAUCGUAGACGCUCGCAUCUUCCAUAUUCUCCAACUCUCUAAGGUUUGCUGUGAUUACGAUUAAGUGGUGGAGGUGAGUGGGUGGCGUGAAUCUUGUAUGUCGGAUGCUGUUUAGGGGAUCACAGUUACGAGGAAGGCAAAGAUAUCAUAGAAGCAUAGAAGGGGGAAUAGGUUCUUAAUUAUAUUCUCCUUCUCUUCCCUUCCCUUCCCUUUUUUACACUUCUUUUUUCAUUCUUUCCUUAUUGUCUCUUUCCUUCGUCUUUCACUCGCUUGCUCUUCCCUACUCCUUCCUCCCUUUCUCAUUCCUUCUCCAAGUCUUUUUCUCAUCUUUCUCUUCCCUUCCUUUCUCUUUUCCUUCCUGUUCAUCUCUCUUCCCUUCUCUCCCUCUCCCUCCCUGUCCUUAUACUAACCUUACAUAUGAGGCAUCUUCUGACAGUUGUUUUUCUGUAUCAAGUUUGAGUGUUGGUUAUCGUAAAUCUGAGUCACUAUCUGCCGAGCUUUGGGUGUGAGUGAGUGUGAGAGCGCAUGACCGUCGCAAGGCACACCACCAUUCGCUGCACGUCCCUAUACACGCCCCAGACUUAUCCUGUGCCUUCCCCGAUGCAGAGAGAAUGGCAAGGAGAGAAUCGUUCUUUGAUAUAUUUAUAGCAUGUUCGGAACACUUCAUCUUCAAGCGCAUGAGUGAGUGAUUUGAUUCCAGUGUGAACUCAUCUAAAUUCUCCUUGGCUUGUUUUGGCAUAUCGUGAGCUUAACUUGUAUUUGUGUGUGUAUUUACAUGUUCAGAAGUGAGAGGAGGUGUGACUUACAGACAACCGAGGCUAAAGAGAGAGUUGUCGUCAUUCGUAACUUAGGUUUUCUUUGGAGUGCGAGAUGAAAAAAAUGCGUUCAUAUAAAGGAAAGUGGAAUGGUUGGUCUGUCUUAGCUGUAACCGAGCUGUGAGUGACGAGCAACUUAGACUUAGGGAAGAGUCAUCGUCAGUCGUAAUUUAGUUUUUCGUUGAGUGUUAGAUGAAAAAAAUGCGUUCAUAUAAAGUAAACUGAGAAGGUUGGUCUGUCUUUGCCGUCACCGAGCUGUGUGUGACGAGCGACCGAGACUAAGGGAAGAGUUAUCGUCAGUCGUAAUUUAGCUUUUCAUUGAGUGCAAGACAAAAAAAUGCGUUCAUAUAAAGUAAACUGAGAAGGUCGAUCGAUCAGUCUAGAUGAGGUUCUGUUGAGUUUCGUUCAUUGAUGUCUCUUAGUUAACUUAGAGUGGCUUGUAAAGAAGGAUUUGUCAUACGUUUUCCAUUGCAGUUUCAUCUUCACACCAGAGCUUAAUUUUUCCAUAGUUUUCCCUUGAUUUUAGAACGUAUUCGAAUGGCAUGAACGAACUACCGAUCAUAACCUGGUGAACUGAAGACUCACCAUUAUUUGUUUUCCUUUCCAUCAUGCCUUUUCCUUUGGCUAUUUCAUCUUCAUACCAGAGCUUAAUUUUUCCAUAGUUUUCCCUUGAUUUUGGAAUGUAUUUGAAUGGCAUGACCAAACUGCCAACAUAACCUAGCGAACCGGCAGUGAACAUCUGCAGCUGGCUUACGUUGCUGAAGUCGUGUUUACGUUCCACAAAACAUGUACAGUUGCCUUCACCCAGGAAACUUGUCUUGAUUUCACAGUGUACAUAAUGUAGCUUAGCGUCCUUAGAUUAUUUUCAGACGUAAGACUCGAGAGGAAGUAUUUUUCCGCCGACGACCUGAACCGCAUAAGAUCGCACGCACCCCAGACUUCGCUGCUGCUCUGAGGGUUGGAUGUGUCGUGUCCUCGCAUGCCUGAACGGUUAAUUUAAGUCUCAACGUUCCACUCGGUCAUUUCACGUUUUGUACGAGAGAUGUAUUAGUGAUUUACUUGCAUGCCUAAUAAAGGGUUGAUUAUGUUAGACGGUCCUCUCGGUGAUUAUUUGCGUCAAUUUUGAUGUGCGAGGGAUGAUUCGUCAAUGCUUAAAAACACUUGGUUAAGUUAAUUCCACUUGCUAAUUAGGAUCGUUAUUGUAUUGCUGUGUGAUGUGAUGAUGGCCUUUACGAGGUACAUAUACAGUACUUUAAAAUUCCUGCACAAUUUGUUUAAGUUGUAUCCCGGAGUAUUUUUGUAACGCCGCGAAGACACAGUUGUUCCCUGGUAGUGCUGUAGACCGCUGCCGGACAGGUGCAGACUCUGAAGAACACUAAACAUGUCGGAAAACCUUUUCUAGUCACGGUUACGAAAGGGCACGUGUUCUCUCUGUCGGACGAUGUGACGAGCGUAGACCGGCCGGGAAAAUUUCACCACGUAACGGACAUUAGAAGGAAACAUUUCUCAUUCUGAAAAGAAAACGAGAUUACAGAAUUUUUUUUUUUAUUAUUAUUUAUCCAUUAUAGCUGCAGUUUGUACAUUUACUAUGUAAUAUAUGUCAAAAUAUA